CAAUACUGUAUCUUGAACCUAACAGAACAGGCCGUAUCUAAACUCUACUCCCUCCUUCGGCCGCCUCAUUCAUCCGUAGCACCUCUCUCAAGCCAUCGUGUGUUCUUCCGGUGACCAUCGUCCGUGUGGUAUCGACAGAUCUUUGAUUAUUCCGGCUUAAGUAAAACCGAAGAUUCUCAAACCACGUCUACCAUCGUUUCGUGAUUUUGGUUUAUCCCCUGCAUCCUCGUCGUCUUAUUGUGAUUUUCUUGAACGGUUAGAACUCACAAUGUCACGAAGAUAUGAUAGCCGGACCACGAUCUUCUCCCCAGAAGGCCGUCUAUACCAGGUCGAAUAUGCAAUGGAGGCAAUUGGAAAUGCUGGAAGUGCCAUAGGCAUACUGUCCAAAGACGGAGUUGUUUUGGUCGGCGAAAAAAAGGUCACUUCCAAACUUCUCCAGACCUCGACUUCCACAGAGAAGAUGUACAAGAUCGAUGACCACCUGGCCUGUGCCGUUGCUGGAAUAAUGUCCGAUGCCAACAUCCUCAUCAACACAGCCAGGGUCCAGGCCCAACGUUACACUUUCUCUUACCAAGAACCCAUGCCUGUCGAACAGCUGGUCCAGUCGCUCUGCGAUACCAAACAGGGUUACACGCAGUUUGGUGGACUCCGUCCGUUCGGGGUUUCCUUUUUGUUUGCGGGCUGGGAUAAGAACUACGGCUUUCAAUUGUAUAUGAGUGACCCGAGUGGGAACUAUGGGGGCUGGAAGGCGGCUGCGAUUGGGGCGAACAACCAGGCAGCACAGUCAAUGUUGAAGCAGGACUAUAAGGAUGAGAUCACGAGGGAGGAGGCUGUUCAGCUUGCUCUUAAGGUGCUUAGCAAGACGAUGGAUAGCACUAGUCUUACCUCUGAGAAGCUUGAGCUGGCUGAGGUGUUCCUUUGUAAAGGUAAGGUUAAGUACCUUGUUCACUCACCGGAGUCUCUCGAUAAGUUGCUGGUGAAGCUUGGCUUGACCCAACCCACUCCGGAGACCUAAUUAACGCGCUUCAUGCUUGCUGCAUAAGACUUCUUGAAUCAGUCUGCUCUUUAUUUUUAUUUCCAGACUAAACUUGUGUGUUUUUUAGAAGUAACUUCAUAACCGCUGUUCGUUUACCAUUGGCCUCUUGCCUCAUCAUAUUGCUGCUUCAUUUAAUCAGACGGCUGCUCUGUAAUAUAUGCCAGCUCAUGAAGUUCGACGUCUAUGAUGUUUUAGAACGAUCACAUAUAUCUAAUAAUUCUGCAGGUGCUGCUUAAAC